AUGGAGGAUGCAGUGGACUCUUGCUCAGGUCUACUCACAAAGCGAUUUGACGAAUUCGCAACAGCUGGCAAUGGUCUUGAUCUCGGACUCCAAUAUCAUGCCUUCGACGUUGUCGGCGAGCUCACUUUCGACGAGAAGGUCGGCUUCCUCGAACAAGGCAUUGACGAGACGGUAUAA